GUGACUCCGCGCACUGUAAUAGGAAGUUCCCCUCCAAAACUUUUAGGAAACAGUCCUGUCCGACCUGCAUCAAAUGAACGCCGACACUAUAAUGCUAAUGAUGGGAAAGCUUCUCAGAGAGUGAAGAGGAUGCAUGGAUGCACAAACAGGAACUGAAGGAUUCACUGGUUGAUAUGUACAAAGCUAAUCCUAAAGUCAAUGAAGAACUGAAACAAAGGCUGCCGUCCCCUGUAAAGCACCAUUGUUCAGAGACCACACCACAACUUGGAUCCUCUUUAGUUGAAACUACCUCCGCUACAUCCCAAUGUCAGAGUUUAUCAAAAGCCCUGGAGGAGAAACUCACAGAAGUAUCUAAGACCCCCAGGCCCAGAGAAGGUUUGACGCUCAGACUCCCUCCACCCCCACCCGUGCCAGGCCCAGUUGCAGCUGAAGUGAGAAUCAUGGAGGAGGAAAGACGGUCUCCACAGAGACCCGCAGCACAGCAGGAGCAGGAUAUUAACGAGACAGCCAGCAGUCCGGUCCACACACCUCGCGUCAGCGGGGCAGGGUCUGCCACGCUCAGGCAUGCUCAUGCUCACGAGGACCAGGGAAAUUCCAAAGUUAUCAGCGACUCCAGAAAGCAAGUACCAGUUCUGGAUAAAGAGAAAAACAUUGCCUUUCUCUUAAAGGAGCUGGACUCCCUUAGAGACCUCAAUAAGAAGCUCCAGGAGAAGUUGGCGCUGAAGGAGAAGGAGUUGGAAACCAAGCUUCUGGACUCACAGCUACAGGAGGCCGAGCUGGAGGCACAUGCCAGUGAGAGAGCAGCAGCAUUAGUCGAGGAAAUCUAUAAGGCUCAGAGGGAGAGAGACCAGGCUGUGAUGGCCAGACUGCGUCUGGCUAACGAGGAGAGGGAUGAAGCUUUACUUCGGGCCAAGAAGCUUCAGGAGGCGACGCUGGAGCUGGAGAAUAUUAAACCUGAAGAAAGUGAUGUGUGCAAGCGUCUGGAACAAGAGCUUCUUCGUGUGAAAGAGCCGUGCCAUAAUUCUGCAAACAGCAACCGCCACCUGGCCGCCCAAAACAAUCGGGAACGAGCGAGCAAGCUUGAGGAGGAGCUUCAAGAAGCUCAGAGAGAACGAGAUAAAGCCCUGCUGCACAGUCACACAGUGGAAGAGGAGCUGCAAACCUUACGCAGUGUGCUACAGCAUCAGGCUGAUGAGACCAGUCUGGACAGUCCUGCCACCUCAAACCAGAGCCAGACCCAGAUUCAGCCCCUGCUGCACCGUCUGCAGCAGCUGACCUCAGAAUUUCAGAGCGCUCAGACCCAGCUGUGUCUGACCCAGGAGAGAGAGAGGGAGGCCAAUGAGAAAGUGCAGAGGUUGGAGCGGCUGGUGGAGGUGUUACGGAAGAAAGUGGGCACUGGCAGUGUCCGGAAAGUCAUCUGACUGACUGGCCGUCGGGCGACCUGAGCAGACGGCCACAUCUGGUGACCAGGCUGCAGCGUUUAACUCUGAGCAAACAGCCGAAGCCUGGCCUGGGCAAACACAGGCUGGAAGUGGCAUUCUUUCUCUCAGCCCUGUUCUCAUUCCAGCCCAGGCUCAGAAACGCCAUCGUAAAUGUUUAACCACAUUCUCUCUGCAGUCACCAAUGAAACUACUGCUGCCAGCCCUUUACCUCCACACUCUUAUCUGCUACUCCAAAGGUUUUCUUUCUUUCAUUCCUUCUCUCCUCUCGGUCGAUUUUUACUUGCAGUGUGACGUUAAGUCUGGUUAAACAAGGGAGAUUUGAUUGGACGAUUACUUUGUGAGGUACUGAGACUUUAUUUUUCAUAGAAAGCCAGCUAUUUUUGGACAAAGCUGGGAUUUGGGGAUGGACAAACUGGACUAUAGAUAUUUGACAUUUUUUCCAAAUUAAUAAAGGGAGUUAUAACAACAAUAUACAGUGUA